UGUGAUGUCAUAAUGGAAAUAAAAUGUACUUUAGUAUAAACCAAGCCUCAAACCCUCCUCAGUUCACAGAUCCAACCUGAGACACCGUCUGCAAGGCUCCUCACUUUAAACUGCUGGACAUUCCACACACAACUUACUCUAAGAUUAGCAAUGGCAAACAACAUGAACUCAGAGUCCCUGAACUAUCCCCAAUUGGAUUUAGAAGAAGAUUUCAACGUGCAUCCUUCCUGCUGCGCACAGGUUCAGAGACUGGAGAAGAAGGUGAUGGACCUGCAGGAAGAGGUCUCCAGAAAACCAUCAGAGGAAACUAAGAUCAAAGAGCUCCAACAUCUUGUUGAACUCAAAGACAACGAGCUGCAGGCAGAAAGACUGAGGGCUGACACCCUCCAGAAAGAACAGGGGGUGGUACAAGAGAAAGCCAGCAGAGACCUAAAGCAGGUUCAGAGACUGGAGGAGGAGAAGCGUUCCCUGGAUAAGAAGGUGAAGGACCUGCAGGAAGAGGUCUCGAGAAGAGCAUCAAAGGAAACUAACAAUACCGACAAGAUUAAAGAGCUCCAAAUUCUUGUUGAGCUUAAAGAUAACAAGCUGCAGGCUGAAAGGCUGAGGGCUGACACCCUGCAGAAAGAACAGGGGGUGGCACAAGAGAAAGCCAGCAGAGACCUGAGGCAGGUCCAGAGACUGGAAGAGGAGAAGCGUUCCCUGGUGCAGAAGGUGGGUGCCUUGCAAAAAGAAAAAGCGGACAAGAUUCAAGAAAACGGGGAUCUUGUUGCAGCUCAUGCAAAGACUCUGCAAAAGAAGAUGGCGUUUACUCGCGGUCUCCAGGAAGACUUGGACAAGGCCAAACAGGAGCUGGUAGACAUGAGGAGGGAGACCGGCAUCGAUGUGCAGAUUGAGGACCUAAAGAAUCAGCUGCAGGCAGAAAGACUAAGGUCUGACACCCUCCAGAAAGAACAGGAGGUACAAGAGAAAGCCAGCAGAGACCCAAGGCAGGUUCAGAGACUGGAGGAGGAGAAACGUUACCUGGAGAAGAAGGUUAAGGACCUGCAGGAAGAGGUCUCCAGAAAACCAUCAGAGGAAACUAACAAUGCCGAGAAGAUUAAAGAGCUCCAAAUUCUUGUUGAACUCAAAGACAACAAGCUGCAGGAUGAAAGGCUGAGGGCUGACAUCCUGCAGAAAGAACAGGGGGUGGCACAAGAGAAAGCCAGCAGAGACCUGAAGCAGGUCCAGAGACUGGAAGAGGAGAAGCGUUCCCUGGUGCAGAAGUUGGGUGCCAUGCGAAAAGAAAAAGAGGACAAGAUCCAAGAAAACGGGGACCUUGUUGCAGCUCAUGCAAAGACUCUGCAAAAGAAGAUGGCGUUUACUCGCGGCCUCCAGGAAGACUUGGACAAGGCCAAACAGGAGCUGGUAGACAUGAGGAGGGAGAACGGCACCGAUGUGCAGAUUGAGGACCUAAAGAAUCAGCUGCAGGCAGAAAGACUAAGGUCUGACACCCUUCAGAAAGAACAGGAGGUACAAGAGAAAGCCAGCAGAGACCCAAGGCAGGUUCAGAGACUGGAGGAGGAGAAACGUUACCUGGAGAAGAAGGUGAAGGACCUGCAGGAAGAGGUCUCCAGAAAACCAUCAGAGGAAACUAACAAUACUGACAAGAUUAAAGAGCUCCAAAUUCUUGUUGAACUCAAAGAAAACAAGCUGCAGGCUGAAAGGCUGAGGGCUGACAUCCUGCAGAAAGAACAGGGGGUGGCACAAGAGAAAGCCAGCAGAGACCUGAAGCAGGUCCAGAGACUGGAAGAGGAGAAGCAUUCCCUGGUGCAGAAGUUGGGUGCCAUGCGAAAAGAAAAAGAGGACAAGAUCCAAGAAAACGGGGACCUUGUUGCAGCUCAUGCAAAGACUCUGCAAAAGAAGAUGGCGUUUACUCGCGGCCUCCAGGAAGACCUGGACAAGGCCAAACAGGAGCUGGUAGACAUGAGGAGGGAGAACGGCACCGAUGUGCAGAUUGAGGACCUAAAGAAUCAGCUGCAGGCAGAAAGACUAAGGUCUGACACCCUCCAG